GCGUUGAUUAUUAUUCAUUCAUUCCAUAAAUAAGUCUCAUUCUUGCUCUCCUCUCUCUCUCUCUCAGAUCUACCUGAACCGAACCGCCGCAACAGCCAACUGAUGGCGGCGCCUCCCCCCUGCAAUUCCCUCCCCCUCAGGCGCCGCAGAGACCACGAUUCAGUUGAGGAUCAGAAUGAGGAUCAGAAGGAUCCUCAGAGAUCUAAAGUUGGCGACCAGGAUUUCGUAAGAGAAGAACUCAACACUGAUUCUGUUCCUAAAGUUGAGGAUCAGAGUGACCCUUUUGCGAAAUUGAAAUCUUCUGGAGGAGUUGCAAGCCUCACAGAUCGGGAAAUUUUCGAUAUGUGGCUUGCGAUGCGGGGAGGAAAAACAUGCUCCUCCCAAGAGGUAGCUGAUAAAAUGUUCAGUAACUUUAAGGAAUCUAUUUUGGAUAAGCCCAGCACUCAUGCUGAUUCUGUUCCUAAAGUUGAGGAUCAGAGUGACCCUUUUGCGAAAUUGAAAUCUUCAGGAGGAGUUGCAAGCCUCACAGAUCGGGAAAUUUUCGAUAUGUGGCUUGCGAUGAUGGGAGGAAAAACAUACCCCGACAAACAGGAAGAAGACAAAGCGUACAUCAACUUUCAACAAAAUAUUCGUGAGGAGCCCGCAGAUCAGGAUGAGUAUACUUACAAUUGUCUCAGUUUAGCUGAUCAAUCCAAAGAAGAGAUCACAAAAAAAUUCAGAAAGACGGGUAAGCCGGACCGGUAUAAUGGUUAUGCUUUUAAAUCCAACAUUGAAAAGUGGCCUAGGUAUGCUAAAAUUCGGGCUACUCCAAAUAAUUAAGACUUUUGUGGUUGUUCUUAGCCUUUUUAGGAACAAGUUAUUGUUUGUGUUAAUUUUAAUUUUACAUGUUGUGAGAUUAUAUAUGGCUUUGUCUAAAAUGAAAUAGCAAGACAAGUCUUGCAUGGUACACAACAUUUCUUAAUCAUUUGAUUUAGAGGUGUACCAAAUCUUUUUGUAGGUCAUCAGCACUAAAUUUUUUUUCUUUCAUAGACCUCCGAUGUCUACUUGGCUUGCACUAGUUAUCUUUCAUUAUCAUUUCUCCAAGAUUUAUUUUCUCAGAAUGAGACUCGAAGAAUGGCGGUGAAGAGGUUGAUUUGUCACUAUCCUCGCAAGACUUUGAUGCUAAUGACCAUUAAUUUUUUUUAAAUAACUCCGUUCAUCUUGUUUUCAUUGAUACCAUAAUAAACAAUUUAAUUUUUGAAUAACAGAGUGUAAACGAUGGCAGAUGGAUCUGAUUAUAGUAGGCAAAGAAAAAUGGAGGUGGUUGAGAUAAAUUUCCGGCGCGGCGGACACGAUUCUUGACACGGUGGUCAAUAACAAAAAUACUCCGACUAUAAAAUAAAUUUAGGGGUUCUGUUGCGGAUGUAAAUGGGAAGGAAAUGGUCGGUCUGAUUUCUCCAUAUAUGACCCACGGUGGCCGGAAAAUAAGAGAGAAGUUGGAGGUGGAGGUUUCAAAAUCAUCUCUCUGAUCUGGAAUUAAUGUAAGGUAGUUGAGAGGAAGAAAAAAGGAAUUAAGUGUUGAUGAUGUCACGGCCAAUCGACGACGGUAGGAUGCAGGUAGCUGGCCGUCGGGAUCGAUGGUGAAAAGGGAGGAAGAAGAAAGGACUGCAAAUAGAGGAGAGAGAACUGAUUUUUUUUUUAAAUGGAAAUUAGAGAACAAAAAAUUUAAUUAUAAAGUACAGACAAUAUAUUGUUGAAUAUUUUGAUCCAACGGAUGUAACAAGUGUUGCAUGGUGCAAGACUUAGAUGUCUUGUGCACCGUAGACAUCGCCUCUAAGUAUAUAUAUAAUUUUACACUUUUUCCUUUGUUGGUUAGAACCCUCCUGAUGUGUGUGGAAUUGUAAAUUGGUAAUGAAUGUGGGGACUGUAUGAACAAGAGAACAUCUGAACAAUCCUAUUCUAAUGCUCUUGCCAAAUUUGAUUCAUAUUAUUAUGGAAAA